UCUUUUGCCGCUUCCACCGUUAAAAUGCUCUUCAACUUUCUCUGCAACUCUCAGCUGCUUCCUCUCUCUUGUCAGUUGUCUCUACCGUCACAAAACCAGAGCCAAUUGAACUCUCUCAGUAAAAGCUAGCACAAACCAGACAACCAGCUAACCAACCAACCAAACCAUGUUUGACGAUGAAAGUCCCAAACUUCCUAACCCACUCAUUGUCUUUAUCUACCAAUUGCAAUACUUAAAAAGAUCGAUACUUUCCGUUCUUCUUAGCUUGCCCACUUCUCUUCUUGCUCUGCUUCUCCUUCUCCUUUUGGCCUACAAUGGCUUCUAUGUCUUCUGUAUUUACCUUCCUCUUUCCAAGCCCUCGCCGGACCCCGCCAUUUUCUCCGCGGGAAAUCUCGCCGGGGAUUCUGUAAGUAAUUGGGUUCCUGCGCAUGUUUCUUCUUCUUCUUCAAGUUCAAAAAUUUCUUCUUCUGUGAUGUAUGUGGUGAAGGAAGAAAAUGCGCCAAUGUUCUUAAAGACCAAUUUGCCUCCUCUGCACAACCCAAGAAAUUCAAUGGUACCCAUCUCAAAAUUUUCACUCCAAAGGCCAAGGCGGAUCAAAAAACACAAGCGCAAGCUCAAAAGCUUACCCCCUGAACCAAAACUCUCUCUUUUUUCAACAAGAAUGAGAGACUUCUUUGCUGGUAACUCUUCUUCUUGUAAAGUCAGGUUCUUUAUGACUUGGAUUUCGUCCAAGACUUUUGGAAACAGGGAAUUGCUGGCUGUGGAGAGCUUAUUCAAGUCCCAUCCAAAUGCUUGUUUGGCCAUAGUCUCAAAUUCGCUGGAUUCAAAGAAAGGAAGUCAAAUUUUGAGGCCAUUCUCAGAAAUGGAUUUCAGGGUAAUGGCAAUUUCUCCGGACUUUGAUUACUUAUUCAAGAACACUCCUGCAGAAGCUUGGUAUUAUGAGCUAAGGACAGGGAAAGUGAAUCCUGGUGGAGUUUCUUUGGGUCAAAAUCUCUCUAAUUUGCUUAGGCUUGCUUUGUUGUAUAAGUUUGGUGGUAUUUAUUUAGACACAGAUGUUAUAGUGCUAAAGAGUUUAUCAAAGUUGAGAAAUGUGAUUGGAGCUCAGGCAAUUGAUGCCCAAACUGGGAAUUGGAGCAGACUGAAUAAUGCUGUGUUGGUAUUUGAUAAGAACCAUCCAUUGAUCUUCAAGUUUAUCCAAGAAUUUGCUCUCACAUUUGAUGGGAACAAGUGGGGUCACAAUGGCCCUUACUUGGUUUCAAGGGUGGUUUCAAGAGUGAGAGAAAAUCCAAAAAACCCAGGUUUUAAUUUCACUGUCUUAACACCCUCAGCGUUCUAUCCGUUUAACUGGAGCCGAAUUCGGAGUCUCUUUCGGGGUCCUAAAGAUGAGCUUCAUUCAAAAUGGUUACUUGCAAAGCUGAGGCAUAUUUGUUCUCAAAGCUUUGCACUGCAUUUGUGGAACAGCCAGAGUAGACGGCUGAAUGUUGAGAAGGGAAGCAUUAUUGAUCAUCUAAUGUCAGAACUUUCGAUCUUUCCCAAUUCUUCAGCUUCAAGCUCUGCCAAGAUAGAAUAAGGUUGAUAAAUUGUGCAUGUGUUACUUUGUCUUGUUCAUUGUU